GCUUACAUCAUCCCUCCAACCCAGAUUCGGGCUGUUUCCCAGUUGCAUCUAUCUCGAGGCAGUCAUUCCAAUAAGCAGUUUUCUGUUCCUGCCCGGUAGACUCCCUUUGCGACAGCAGCUGAGCACUUCAACACUGCCUCUGGUAUCUCUUACUCGCACUCCCAUUCUGAGAGCAAGAGCGAGAGCUCGCACACGAGCUAACAGGACCGCGGCUACGGACAGGCGACCAGCCUCACCCAGUUACCGGGUUGAGUGUUCAAGUAUCUCGCCGACCCUCGACCCUCCCGGCGUGCUGCAGAAAUGACGGCCUUAGAAUCAACCCCGAUUGCUCGCCGAUCCUCCACGCAACAUUACCAAACCUUCGAUACGCCACCGCCCAAGUCGCGGGGGCGACCCAAUUCCGGCCGGUCGGAGUCUUCUGGAGAUGGUUCGCACGAUCAGAACGAGUUUAAUGACCAGCCCAGCACGAACUCGCCAUUGCCGAAAAGGCAGAUGGCCGUGCUCGCCAUCAUCGCCUUGGCGGAGCAGACAGCCCUCAAUUCGAUCAGUCCUUAUCUCCCCGAUAUGGCGUCGACAUUUCCAGAGGUGGAAUCGAGUCAAGUGGGCGUCUAUGUGGGAACGAUAGCAUCGGCUUUUGCUUUGGCGCAGCUGGCGACCAAUUACUAUUGGGGUUGGCUGUCCGAUCGGAUUGGGCGCAAGCCGGUGAUCCUGCUCGGGACACUUCUUACUGCGAUGUGCUUCGUCGCUUUUGGUUUCUGCAAGACCCUUUGGCAGGCUAUACUGGUGCAGGCAUUGAUGGGUGUGGUCAAUGGCAAUCAAGGCCUGGUAUCCACCUGUCUGGGUGAGAUCACGGACCGGAGCAACCAGUCGCAGGCUUUCACUUAUCUUCCCGUCCUCUAUGGGCUUGGAGGUAUCACAGGCCCGCUAUUGGGAGGGCUGCUUAUCUUUGAGCGCAACCCGUUCACUGGCAAUAAGAGCACUUACCCAUACCUCGCACCAAAUCUCGUUGCCGCCGCCAUUCUCCUUGUUGACUUUACUAUAACGGCUAUUUUCCUGGAAGAAAGCUUGGAAGACGCAGACACAAUACCCAAAUUCGGAAAGAAGGUUCGCAGCCUCUUUACUUGGCUGUGGCAGUUCACGGGAUUUUCGAGACACCCGACUUAUCUUCACCUUCCGCAAGCAACGCCGUAUUCUUCACUUCACCGUAGCGCUGAUAGUGAGGAUCAUGACAGCGAUUUGGACUCAGCCUCCGAAGUGUCGAGCCGGGAUAACCACCCUGCGGAGGAGUUGACUUGGGAUGAGAUUUUCACAAGGGACACCAUCCUCCUCCUCCUGACAUAUCUGAUUUUUGCUUUCUGCAAUGUGUCUUUCAAUUCGCUGUUCCCAAUCUUUGCACAAGCUAAGCCGCCCGUCGGUCGUCAUCUUACCCCCUCUGAGAUCGGUCUGUCGCAAGGUUUUGCUGGCGUGGUGACGAUCAUUUUCCAAAUUUGCAUCUUCAACCGCCUGCGCGAUAAGAUGGGCAACCGAUGGUCCUACCGUGCUGGGCUGUUUGGGUUUGUGGUCUCGUUUCUUCUGAUGCCCUUUGUGGGUUAUAAGAGUCAAGAUGGAGAAAGUCUGACUCGCAAGUCGGCUCUCAUGGCUGUGGAAGUGUGCUUCGUGUUGCUGAUUAAGACGAUUGCCUCCGUGGGAGGAUUGACUAGCGCACUGCUAUUGGUCACUAAUUCUGCCCCAAACCAUGCUGUUCUGGGUGCCCUCAAUGGGCUUGCGCAGACACUCUCCGCAGCCGGACGUGCCGUUGGCCCCUUUUUGUCUGGCGGUCUUUUCUCGUUGACAUCCAAGAUCCAGCCCAAGGGUGAAGCGAUUGCCUUUGGAGUCUUUGGCGCCGUCUCAUUCAUCGGUUUCAUCAUGAGCUUUGGCAUUCGCGGUCGAUCUCUCGAGGCCGAGGGCUGGGUCUCGGAUAGUGAUGACGAAAACUAUAAAUCAGACGAUGAGGAAGAGCACGAUGGCGCUUGAUUGCAUUAUAUAAGCAUCCUCUCUUGCAAAACCCCGCCUAUAUGACGUGACGAUUCUUUGCUUUUUUUGUGAGCCCUCUUCGCAUUCGAAAAUAUACAUCAAGCAAUCCCAUUUUGAAGGGAUUGACGAAGCAUUUUAUAGCAGAGCGUGUCCUAGGGGAUGAGGUGUUUUCUCUGUCCUCUUUUGGCUCUUUUUUGUCCUACCUGGUUGUGGUUUGGACAUAGAACUAUAUUUGUGAUUCGGUGGCUGUUUCAAACAUUGUACAAUCAUUGACGCUGGAAGUUUCUACCAUGUAUCGUUUCAUUGACUAGAUAUUUAUGAACAAAUAGUUUCCAAACAUCAAUACGCUGGCUUAAAUACAGAGCCUGUAGCUGAA